AUGGGUUGUGGAGGAAGUAAAUAACCAAGCACAAUAUAACCGUAGAAGGUAGAUGAAAAUGGCAAGAUCAUCCAAGAGGGUAACACAACAAACGGGGAUGUUAUGGGUUUAAAUGCUCCUAUUAGUGAUAUAGAAAGCAAUUAAUUGCUGUUUGAAGGAGGAAGCAAUCAGCAAACUAGAGUCUUAAAUAGUGUCAAUUAAUCACAUUAAAAUCUUAAAAAUUACCCAAAAGUGGAUCUAAGCACAGCAGCCUUUCUCUAGGAGAUCAAGGGCAAGAAUAAGUUUAAUUGGAUAAACGUCAACAAUAACACUGUAAAUCUGCUGACAGCAUAAUUCUACUUUGUCUAUGACUAGGACCAGAAUAUAUUCAGAAUCAAGAAUGAUGCAAGCAGAUAUACAGUUAGCACACUCAGUUGGAAUUAUUUGGAGGAUUAUGAGGUUUUUGAGUUUAAGCUUAAGGAUGUGAAGUAUGUAGAUCUUAAAUAUAAAUAGGAGAAGCUGAUUGAAAAACCUGUAGAGUUCUAAUUUGAUGUUUCAAUAGAGGGUCUUUAUAAAGGGAUGCCAGAAGUUGAAACUACUUUGAGAGAAACUUAUCCUAUUCUUGGAGGAAAUCUGUAGCAGUCUACGGAUCUAGAAAAGCAGCAUGUGCUCAAAUUUCUUGAUGACUCUUUGAAAUAAUUCUGGUUGGGUCUUGUUGAAAAUCAAGUUACAAUCGGUGAUCCUGAAGAAAAUCAAACUCUAAAACUUGAUGAAAAUGUUAAAAUAUCCAAAGAAAAAUUUAUGGAUAAAAUCGAUAUUUAUAGAUUUAGCAAAAUUGAAAAUUAAGACACAAAAAAGCUUAUUGGGCAUAUUUAAGAGAAACUAAUAAAUGAUCAAGACUACAGUAAGACUUUUUAUGAAAAGUUAAAACCAUCAAGUCAGGUUGCCUUCAUUCCUGAUAUUGUCUAAAAAGAUUAAAUUCUAAGAUAAGACUUGCCUAAUUAAGGUCUUAAUGACAUUAAAUUCCUAAAAACUUAGAGAAAUUAUUCAUUUAACACCUAGAUGAUGCUUGAAUCAUUAAGACCAAUCUUAAGUUAGCAGACUAACAUGAAGAAAAUAGUAUAUACUAAAGAUUAAAAACAAAUUGCUAUUGACAUUGUUUAUGAUAGUAAAUUGGUGCUCUGUCAUUGGAAUGAUUUAGUUGGUUAUGACACCAAAUAAUUUUAGAUUGAAAUGAAACAAUUUAGAAAGUUUAGCUUUGAAAGUUUAGAUAAGAUCAAGCUAGAACUUAUUGAAGAGAAAUUAGUAGCUGCACAAUGA